AAAACACAAGCAUAGAGAACAUAACCAACUAAAAUGGCCGGUCAUACUAGUAAGGUAUCUGUGUUUAUUAGGGUUUUACUGGUCACGAUUUUCACGGCCCUCCUCCUGACCUCUCCGGCGGCGGUCACGUCAUCCAGGCAUCUUCCGGCCACCGCAGCCGGAAGUACUACUUUCGUCACCCUCCGUUCAUCUAGGGCAAUUAAUUAUGUUGGUGGUGGUGGUGAUCGUGGCUUCCGAGGGGUUUUCUUUCUCAAUAAUAAGUUGAACUCCGGAAGGGAGCCCAACCGCGGCGGAUUCAACGAGCCCAACCCGUCGGCCGGUGGCUAGCUAACCUCGUGGAAUGGCUUUGGCUAUUCCUGUUGAUUUUUAAAGGCCUAUAGCGAUUAAGAAUUAGUUGAUUUCAAUAACUAC